AUGAUUGAAAUGAAUAAUAUUAGUUAUAUUAAGGGGAACAUAUUACAUGGAGGUAAUAUUCCUAGGAUUCUUAUUCACUCUUGUAACUGCAAUGGCACUUGGGGUGGUGGAAUAGCUUAUCAGCUUGCUGUACACUAUCCUGAAGCUGAAAAAAUCUACACGGACAUAUGUGAUGAUUUUGGUUCUGAAUUGCUUGGGAAAUGUGUUCUAAUACCUAGCUUUAGCGAUGAUUCAUUAUUAAUUGGAUGUCUUUUCACUUCAGUUUAUGGUGGAUCUAGUCAUGAUACUAAAAAUGAAAUAUUGAAAUAUACCAAACUAUCACUAAUGCAGCUAAGUCUACAAUUAGAAAAUAAUGAUAGCUGUAUCGAUACGUGUUUAAGUGAAUAUAAUCAAUUACUAAUAUCAAAUAUUAAACAUCAUUUAAAGGAUUAUAAGCUAGAAAUGCCAAAAAUAAAUAGUGGGAUAUUUAAUGUGCCAUGGGAAGAGACUGAAAAGAUUUUAAAAGAAUUAAAACCUAUGGAGUUUACUGUAUUUAGUAUAUAG